AUGGUUCCAAGUAUGGUUCCAAGUAUGGUUCCAAGCAUGGUUCCAAGUGGCACUCCCAGUUCCAGGCCAAGCAACAUCCCAAGUUCUUUCCCCAGUUCCGUUCCUAGUGCUGUCCCAACCACCACACCCACAGAACCACCCACAAUGCCUCCAACGGAACCUCCGACAAACCCACCAACGGAACCACCUACGAUGCAUCCAACAGAACCACCUACAAUGCCUCCAACGGAACCACCCACAAUGCCUCCAACAGAACUUCCAACACACCCACCAACAGAACCGCCUACGAUGGCUCCAACUCAACAGCCUACGUACCCUCCAAUCAACAGCAAGUCAGAUCUGGAAACAGCAAUUGCCAUUUGGUCAAGCACCGGAUCAUCAAUCCAUGGCCCCAUCGGGAGCUGGGAUGUCUCCCGAGUGACUAAUUUCUAUGGUCUAUUCAUGGGCAAUUCAGCCUUUAACGAUGAUAUUUCAGGAUGGCAAACAGCGCAGGUCACCAAUAUGGCGUACAUGUUUUCUGGUGCACAGGCUUUUGACCAAGACUUGUCAGCGUGGGAUGUGAGCCGUGUCACGGACAUGCGGGAAUUGUUUCAUGUAACAAGUUUUAACCAAGACUUGUCAAUUUGGGAUGUGAGCAGUGUCAUGGACUUCAUUUCUAUGUUUGCUGGGUUGACUGCCUUUGAUCAAAAUCUAUGUGCUUGGUCGGGCAGAAUACAAAGUGGUGCCGCAGUCGGAUUCCCCUUUGUAGGGACUUCCUGCCCAAAUGGAAAUGAAGAAAGCGUGUUUUCACCUGGUCCCAAUACAUGGAGCCCACUCUGUUACAGUUGUGGUUAA